CACACAGCAGACAGGACAGGGUCUUCCUCAUCGUGACUACCUCCUGCUGCUUGGCGCGUGACUCGACGGUGACCAGCCGCCAGCAGCAUGGCGGAAGAGGAGGCGGCGAAGAUGGCCGAGGAGGCGUUUGCGGAGGCGGGGAUGGGGGACGAUACCGCGGGAGAGGGAACGUUCUUCGAAAGCGUCAAGACUAGCUUGCCCGGCCUGGACAUGUUCGACCCGAGCGUGUUCGAUAUCCGCAUGGUGAUGGGGGUCCUGGCGUGCGUGUCGUUGCUGGCAUACGCGAUCUUCAGGCUCUUCGUACGCAAGGUUGUCGGAGAGGACGACUUUUUCGCAGACCUGGGCAUCAGCUACAAGGACUUCGACAUGCCAGACGAGGUGGAUGACUACUAUGAGGCGAAGGAGAACCCGGACAUCGCUAGUGACGCCGGCAAGCUGCGGAAUGCGUUGCUGAAGCGAGCAAUCGCUGACAUCCCCAUUAUCCUGCGCAUGCAGAACGAGGGGCCGGGUAUCUACAACAUGUACCAGCAGGCUAUGAUCGGGGAGAAGGAGUGGCACGCCUUCCAAGAGGCGGAAACGAUGAUCUCGGAAGAAAUCGAGUCGGUGCAGAACGAAGCGGACGAGAUCGAGCCGGGCUGGAGCCAGUCCAUCUGGCCCUUGGCCAUGCAGCUCAGAACUGUGCUGGUUCAACGAAGGGAGCAAGCAGAGGCAGCGGCAGAGAAGAAGGCAGACGAGGAGGCGGAGGCGGCAGCAGCAAAGAACAACAAGGCCGCGGGGGGAGGGGGUAAGAAGGCGGCCGCAUCAGCGACAGCAGCAAAGAAGGCGCCGGCGGCGGCGGCAGCAGCGGCCAAGAAGGAUGAUGGCAGCGACGACGAAAUGCCGGCCAUCGACUGAACAUCCCGUGUUGUCGUAUUCCUAGUUCCUUAUCGUGCUCACAAUGAGGGUCAGGUGGUAGGUGCCACGUACCACAGCUUUGUGAGGGAGUAAUUAUGUCAGCUCUGCCUAGAGGGGAUAUAUGGGGUAGGGCCUACGAUUUGAUACAAACACUACUGGUGGUGGUUGUCGACGCGUUGUCGUGUGUUGUCUUCUGUCGUUUUCGGUUUGUCGUGCGUCUUGCCUAAUCUAGUGGUGUAGGCAACCGAGCUGGCCCGAUUUUUUGUAAGCGCCAGCUAUUGCCGCGCCCUGGUGUCCUACCUCUCACGAUCGUGUUCACAAUCGAUCGCAUUCAAUGGUAUGUAUGAGGAAGCGUUUUCUUGUUCACCAAGAAGUCAAGAAGUGUAGACAUGAACAGUUGGAAGUAGCAAUGCCGUCGACGUCUAGCGAUGUCGUGUCCUCGAACUGUCUUCUUUUUCGCGGUCGUGGUCAGGAAGAGUGUAAGAAGGCGGUUUUGUGCCAAGUAGUGUACAGCGGCACCUGUUUUAGAGGGGGCACGCGAACGGUUGGAAAUGUCAAGCCGUCGACGACGAGCGUUUCUUUUGAUGCAGAGAUGUGUCUUCGAUACAAGCACAUAGGUAUAUCGUAAUGUGUUGGGGUUUGGUCGUGCCCAACCUACUUUAAAAACAGCUGUUGUUACUGUGUGUUGACAUGAAGCAAAAAGGUGCCAACUCGCUUAAGGCCACGGGCAAGGAAGAAAAAGUAAUGGCAAGGAGAGAAGCAGAACACGAUCUUCUCCUGUCACACCGAUCGAUGUGUGUACACGGCUGGCUACAACUUCCCGGAUCGCGUUUUCCGGUCAUGAAGGAAUGCUCAGAUGCGUGCUGGGCCUUUUCUCGAAACCCCAGGCAAGAAACUUGCGGUAUUUCUUUGACCUGUUUCUUGCCCUCUGAUUGGCAGAGGACUGGUUGGAUAGAAGACGUACUGCCCGCUGCCUGGAAAUCUCCGAGGGGGUAUGUUCAAGUCUUCACAAUGAGUUUGAAAUCU